UCGCCUCUGGUGGAGAAGGGACGCCCUCAAGCAUGGGUUCUAUACUAAAGCUAGUUGCAGCCAUCGUUGGGAUAGUGAGUGGAGUUCAAACAGUCCGAGUAUCAGACACACCUGCAUGCCGGGAAGAUUCUACUGGAGUGAACUACAGAGGAGACUUAUCUCAGACAAUCAACGGUCAUACUUGUCAAGCAUGGACCUCUCAGGAACCCCAUACACACACGAAUACUCCAGCUAACGUUCCUAACGCGGGACUAGACGACAACUAUUGCAGGAACCCAGAUAAUGUGGACACUGCUUGGUGUUACACCACCAAUCCUGAGAUAAGAUGGGAGUAUUGCGCUGUAGGUUUCCUCGACCCCAAAUGCAAAGGUAGCGUUGUAGUGUUUAGAUUGUGAGCAAAGCGCUACUCCAAAUUGAUUAAUAUUAAAUUUAAUUAAAUUCAUGUAUUAACUCAAUAUAAAAAAAACAUAUACAUCAAGGUGUAUGAACGCAUGAUGAAUACAAACAAGAUGGACAUAGUAAAAUCAGCAGUUGAAAGCACAAGUAACCUGAAUUGAGC